UCAGCGAGUGUCGGACGCUCGGCUUUGCAGUCGACGACCUUAGUAUUCUUCGUUUAUUUUCUUUUCUAUUCGUUUAAUUUGUCGCUCGGACCUCACGGCGCUAUAAACAUGAAAUGUGUCGUCGUCAGUGAGUGAGUUCCGGGUGUUGCUGUGUUUACAAAAAAAUUAUUUUGACAGUUCACGUGCGGAAUCAUAUUAUUACCGGUUCCGGAGUUUUCAAGUGUUUAUUAUACAUACACGGCCUUCAUUUGCCUCAGAUAGAGUCGGCAGAUCAUCAAAAAGGUGAGCUAGUGUGGUUUUCACAGUGGUAAUAACAAGGAAUUCUCGUGAGAACAAGUUGAAAAGUUCAUACCGUGAUCGGUGUAUUGUGGCCGUUGUCGGAAAAGUUGCGCCGGAUUUCUUCUAAUAGGAUUUAUAUUGGAAACUUGUGUUUAGUGAGUGUGCCGGUAGUGUGAAGUUGGUGGUGCUUACAACUUAAAACAUAACCUUAUUCAAACGGGGCGCGUGUUGCACGGGCAUGCGCAGUGCGGGUCAUCGGAAUUAUUAAUAAGUUGCUUAUAAUUUUAUAAACAAACAUUCAACCGUGUGGUUACCAGUUACCUGGUGUCGUGGUGCGUUGUUAAUAAGAAUCGCACGAGUGCCCUCGGAGAGCAACGUCGUCCGUUCUGUCGGUUCGUCACAAACUUUUGUGGAUUUUUAAAUCAAGGAUAACGUUCACCUGUGGGAUUUCGGUGUAUUAGCUGCGCGCGCACCGGAUUUCUUUACAAAGGUUGGCGCAACUAUGAUGUCCUGCCCCCUACCACUGCCGCUGUUGCCGGCACUACAUCCGCAACCUGCCUUGGCCUCGGACUUUCCUAUUCACAUUGGAAUUAAGAGAGGCUCCGACGAGCUUCUUUCGCAGAGUGGCGUCACCGUCAUGGCGCCCGCCGCUCCGCAUCACGCCGACAACAAUAACCAGGACUCAGCUGCGAAGAAGGUGAAACUGGAACAGAAUGUGGGCAAGCCAUCCCGAGUCAUCCACAUACGGAACAUACCCAACGAGACGACAGAAGCCGAAAUCAUUCAACUCGGCUUGCCGUUCGGAAGGGUCACUAAUGUACUCGUGCUCAAAGGCAAAAAUCAGGCAUUCCUCGAGAUGGCGGAGGAGAUAUCAGCGGUGGCCAUGGUGGCAUACUUCGGAGGGUGCGUGGCACAAUUGCGCGGGCGCGCGGUCUACGUACAAUUCUCUAACCACAAGGAGCUCAAAACAGACCAGACACACAGCAACGCCGUGAGUGCCUUGCCUCAUUCAAUUUCGGCGUCGGCGCAAGCGGCGUUACAAGCUGCACAGGCAAUAUCAAACAGCGCGGGUGCUGCGCUCGUAGCCGGCGCCGGCGCGGCUCUGCAACCGGCGAACGGUGGCACAGAAAUACAGGGUGGUCCUAACACGGUACUGCGAGUGAUCAUAGAGCACAUGCUGUAUCCGAUUGUUCUCGACGUGCUUUACUCUAUCUUUCAGCGAUAUGGAAAGGUGCUCAAGAUUGUGACAUUUACAAAAAAUAAUUCAUUCCAAGCCCUAAUCCAGUAUCCGGACACUCUAUCAGCGCAAACUGCAAAAACGGCUUUGGAUGGCCAAAACAUUUACAACGGUUGCUGCACACUCCGUAUCGACUACUCGAAAAUGACCUGCCUUAAUGUGAAAUACAACAAUGACAAGUCUCGGGAUUACACUAACCCUACGCUGCCAUCGGGUGACAGCGACGCCCAUCAACUGUUGACCAGUGAGUUGAUGCCACUGCGGGCACGCCUCGCCUUGGCCCUCGCAUCCAGGAUGAGUGGAGGUGUGCUAGCACCUCAGUUUUUAGGACUUGGUUCAGGACUGGCUUCACCAUACGGUGUCGGCGUUGGCGGAGUAGGGUUACCUGCAUUUGGUGCACUGACCCUGACACCGGCGUCCCCUGCCCUGCGAGCCCUCGCUGCACCUCCGCUACCCCUCGCUACUGUACUCCUUGUAUCCAAUCUAAAUGAAGAGAUGGUCACGCCUGACGCUCUCUUUACCCUUUUCGGCGUGUAUGGCGAUGUGCAACGGGUGAAGAUCCUCUACAAUAAGAAGGAUUCAGCAUUGAUUCAGAUGGCGGAACCUCACCAGGCUCAUCUCGCUAUGACGCACAUGGACAAGUUACGUGUGUUUGGCAAGGCGAUGCGUGUUAUGCUCAGCAAGCACCAGACUGUGCAGUUGCCUAAAGAGGGCCAGCCGGACGCAGGACUCACCAGGGAUUAUUCUCAGAGCCCACUGCAUAGAUUCAAGAAGCCUGGCAGCAAAAACUACCAGAACAUUUACCCUCCAAGCGCCACAUUACAUCUAUCGAACAUUCCAGCAACCGUGUCGGAGGAUGAUAUCAAGGAUGCCUUUACCAAACGGGGAUUCACAAUUAAGGCAUUCAAAUUUUUCCCGUGAGUUCUUUUUACAAAUAUUUAUUUCAUAUGUUUUCUAUUGUUGACCAAUUUUAUUGUUAAGAAAAAUAGCAACAAAACACUUUAAUUUAUAAUCAAUUCAACGUGACAGGAGCAGGCUUGCCACUGUCUCUAGGAUCUUUUUUAGUUUUGUUAUAGAUAAGAAUACAUCCAUAACAAAACUAAAAAAGAAACUAAUUUUUUGGUGUCGACCAGGGUUCAAUUGGCGAACUUUGAGUGUUUUAAUUAAAUCGGGGUAGUACAACCACUAUACCACGAUGCUCAGCUUAAAUCUUUCCAUUAUUUAUUUCAUAAUAUAACAAGUAUAUUUAAAACAUAUAGGAAAUAUGUAUAUCUCAAUUAGAAUUAGAAACUACGUCCUACCUAAUGCUAGCUUCUAGCAUUUUGACAUUUGUUACUUACUUGUACUAAAUAGUGAUAAGAGCAGACCAGUCCCUACAAGCAGCACUCGUUCA